UAACUUUAGCAUACAGUAGAAGGAUGAAGGCCUGGAUUUUUGUAAUAUUUUCCCUCUUAACUGGCUUUGUUUCUCAGGUUAAUGGAGGCUAUGACGUGUCUGUAAAGUUAUUGGAGUAUUACAGAGACCCAGACGAUUGCUGUGAUGAUUUUCUUGGGUGUGCGGGGGAGUGUGACGUUUUUUUCCAGAUCUGCUUGAAACCAUUACAUCCAACACAAGAUCAGAAGUGCUAUGGGAAAGAUAAUAACCAGCGAGUUGAAAACACAAACAGCUUUUUAUUUGCUGACUCUCUGAAAUCCGCUGAUUUCUACUCUUGGAAAGACAUCCAGGGACAGCCCUCGUUUGAUAUAUCAGUUCAUGUCUUUGAUGAUGACGACUUAUCAUCCGAUGAUAAGAUUGGGGUAACAACAUACGAGUACAGAGAUUGCACAACACAGAAACUGACUGUCACAACAACACCCGGGAGUAAAAACUUACGGUAAGAGGAAAAGGAUUGAUUAUUUCCUAUUAGUAAAAGCAUGAAAUAUAUAGGAAAAUUCUUUAAAAGUCUUCUUUUCAAGAAUAGCAAAGACAUGAAUGAUCG